AUGUGGUGCAUAUAGGAGUGGUGAGUUGGAGCAUCUUUAGUUAGCUAAGUUAAGAUCAAGUGUGACCAGUUUAGAAAAAGUAAUUAUUGUGUGACGAGUUUCUUCUUCUUUAUUAGCGUAGACACCACUUCUGCGGUUAUACCCGCGUUAACAACAGCGCGCUUCCUUUUCACUGUUUGGUGCCAAUUGGAGAUUCAGGUCCUUCUCCACCUGGGCUUUCCAACGGAAUGUAGGUUUUCCUCUUCUUCUGUUUCCCCCGGCGAGUACUGCGUCGAAUACUUUCAGAGCUGGAGUGUUUCAUCCAUUCGGACGAUUAACUAGUGUAACCGCUGUCUCUCAAUUCGCUGUACUAUGUCAAUGCCGUCGUACAUCUCGUACAGCUCAUUAUUCCUGCGGGCGCGGUAUUAACCGUUACCAAUGCGCAAAAGACCAUAAAUCUUCCGCAGAAUCUUUGUCUCAAAAACUUGUACCGCCGAGUCAUCAGAUGUUGUCAUCAUCCAUGCGACUACACCAAUACAAGUAUAGACAGCAAGACGGCAAUAAUGAGUGACUUAUAGAGUCUGGUCUGUCGAGAGAGGACUUUAAUUCUCAAUUGCCUACUUCAGUCCGAAGUAACACCUGUUGACAAGAGUUAUUAUACUUUGGAUUUCGAGGCUGACUUGUUGUUGGUGUUAAUACUGGUUCCAAGAUAGACAUAAUUGUCUAUGACUUCGAGUUAAUGACCGUCAAUAAUGACGUGCGAGUGCGACGACUGUUUGUUUGAUGACAGGAGAUAUUUCGUCUUGUCCUCGUUCACUAUCAGACCCAUUUGCUCUGCUUCCUUAUCCAGAAUCCGAGAGAAAGCAGAACUAACGGCGCGGAUGUUGAGGCCAAAGACAUCAAUAUCAUCCGCGUACGCCAGCAGUUGUACACUCUUAUAGAAGAUUGUACCUUCUCUAUUAAGUUCUGCAGCUCGAAUUAUUUUCUCCAGCAGCAGAUUGAAGAAGUUACACGAUAGGAAGUCGCCUUGUUUGAAACCUAGUUUGGUAUCGAACGGCUCCGAGAAAGACGACGAUCCUGACGGAGCUUUUCGUGUUGCUCAACGUCAGUUUACACAGCCGUAUUAGUUUUGCGGGGAUACCAAAUUCAGACAUCGCGGCAUAUAGGCAGCUCCUUUUCGUGUCGAAAGCAGCUUUGAAAUCGACGAAGAGGUGGUGUGUGUCGAUUCUUCUUUCACGGGUCUUUUCCAAGAUUUGGCGCAUGGUGAAUAUCUGGUCGGUUGUUGAUUUGCCAGGUCUAAAGCCACACUGAUAAGGUCCAAUCAGUUUGUUGACGGUCGGCUUUAAUCUUUCACACAAUACGCUCGAUAAAACUUUAUACGUGAUAUUGUAGGGUCUCCCUUUUUUGGAUUGGGCAGAGCUCACUUAAAUUCCAAUCGUCGGGCAUGCUUACGUAUAUCUAUAUUCUACAAAGAAGCUGAUGCAUGCUUCUUAUCAGUUCUUCGCCGCCGUAUUUGAAUAGCUUGGUCUGUAGUCCAUCGGCUCCGCCGCUUUGUUGUUUUUCAGACGGGUAACUCUUCGUACUUACGCAUAAUGGCCUCUUUCGUUUUUCUGUCUGCAAAUGCGUCUCGCCUCCCUCUUCAGCUCUUGGUAUCUAUCCCAUCCCGAACGUGUUGUGGUCGAUUGUAACGUUGUGAGGUAGACAGUUUGUUUUCUCUCACUGUAGUUCGCCCAAAACGUAUGUUUUUGGCUACCCAAAGGAUACUUAUCAGCAGCAAUCACUAUCCUGGACACAAGAGAGGUUUGCGGAGUGCAUCUUUUAGGUAGCUCUAACGCUUUGGAUGACUUAGUGAACUUAGGCGCUUCCAUGUCUUUAUGCAAUGUCUUUAAUAUUCGCGGUGAAUCGUCAUUCGUAGUACCAUUGGUACCCCCGGUUUGCUGGAGAGUCAUACAAUUAGACCUGUUAGCACUAUUACUGAGUCCAUAGGUUAUUCCUAUCAGUAUGACACACUAACCGUACGUGGAGUUUGUUAUAAGAGGUAUUAAGGUGUGAACUUUCCUGUUUCUCAAAUAUCACUCAAAAACUCAAUGUUGUCACUUUCGAAGCACUCAUUUAAGGGAAGAAUACUUGUUGUUAGUCUUCAACUUUAUCACGCAUUGUAUGUUUUUUCUCUGACAUUAUGGUUUCAUUUUUAAUAUUUUUUUAUUAUAAUUUUGAAAAGUAGCUGAAUAUUUUUAUUUUUUAAAUCAGAAAAACAUAAUAAAAAGUGUCUGGUGUACAAAUUUAGCGUAAACCGAGACUUUACUACACGAAGCGACCGAAUCUAGCCGAAGCGGCCCAAAAUUCAUGAGUGUCAACUAAAUUUAUUGUUUAUGUAAAAUUUUGCAAAUCAGAAUUAAGAAAUUUUUCAUUUUCGAAAGAAAAAACGCAAGCUAUUAAAAGAGAACGAAGAAAGGUGCGAUAACGAAAGGCAUAAGCACUUACACGAUUGACAUUAGCAGUUACGCAACACAAAGAUGUCCUAUCAAAUAAAAUCGACACCAUUUUUUCGACGCAUGGUUAGCACCAGUAAAAAGAAUGGUCAGCUACAGCGUUUAAAGGAGGAAUAUGAACGCAUCAAAGACUUCAACGAUCGCACGAUUGAAAUGAAGAUGCGACAGGUGCGUCUGAAGCGACUCUUUCGCGAAAUCGAAGAGAUCAAAGAGACAUCAUCACAAUGGAAACGACGACGUGUGGCGCCCAUAGAUCGUCUACGUACGAACGAGGAGAUACGUGUCGAGACUUUGGUGAAGGCUAAAGAGCUUGGCAAAGAGUAUUCGAAAAUGAAUGCGCUGGUCGAUCGUUGUUCGUCGCGUCUAGAUGCUGUGGCAUCGGGUGCCGCCGUCGGCAGUAUGUCAUCGCGCAUAGAAUUGGAACGUAAAGCACGUUCGGAUAAACGCAUCAGUUACGGCAACGAUCGUUCACGUAUGAAUAUACAAAAAAUCUCAACAACUCAACGCAAAUCAAAUACUAAAACCGUUAUUAGCGCGGAACAAGAACUCAAGGAGUUGAAAGAUAGACUCAAGAAUCGUCUUCAAUUCGGUAAUUCGUGUUCCAGUCGCAAUCUAUCUAGAAAACUUAAGAAAGAUGGCCACCGCAAGGCCACUGAAGGUAAAUCUUUGAUCGAGUUUGGCAAACUAACGGAACACGAGACAUUGCAAUGCAAGAUCAUACGUGAUUCUGGCGGCCUGGAAAUGCCGUCGAUGACAUUCAACGACACAUCGCGCCCUACUAAGACCUUUGAGGAUAUGCAUACGAGUCGUGCGCUUGGCGGCAUGUCGGAUGUGUCGUCCAAAAACGAUGAGGAUCGACGCAUACGUGCGCGGCAACGUUGGCGCAAGCUGGCGUUACUCGUGCGUCAUCGUUUCGAUACGUUCUUACGACGUAAUGCGCCACCACCAUUGCGUGAUAACAGUGAUACCGGUUCGGAGGAAUAUUCGUUGCGCGCCAUAUCGAAUGACACCGAUUUACCGCUUAGUCAGCUGCGUAACAAAGCUUCGCCACCGAAUUCCGAAGCCGAGCUUCAGCCGGGUGAGGUGCUACUAAGCGUUGAAUCGCUCGAUCCAAUAGAGUCGCAACCGCUGCCCGAUCCUGGUUCACUGACAGCAGGCAAUUCAUUGUCGAUAUAUGACGAGUCUAGCAAUGCAACGGAAGACCGUCGCAAAGUGCAGACGUAUGUGAAAAUAUUGGAACCAUUUUUACGCGACGCCGGUAAGAAAGCUGUAGAGCUUAGCGUUGAGGAGUUUCGUAGCAUUUUCGAACAUCGCAGCGCCGAGUAGCUGAACUUCGGACGUCGCGUUCCACAUAUUUUGUGCACAAUCAAAGCAGUCUACAAAAGUAUAUGAGCAUCUAUUGUUACGCCCGGAAAGAAGCGUGCGUUCACUAUGUUUCGAUUACAUAAAUAUUAAUUCUUCCAUUUUCAAUUAAAACUUCUGGCCUUUCGCAGUUUGGCACAUGUCCUCUCAUUCCUCAUUUAUUGUGCUAAGUUACAAUGUUAGUGCAUUUGAAUUUAGUGCUAUUUUCUCAACAAGUGUUCAGCUAGACAUGCCGUCGUCAUUCAUUGCAAAUAGACUCAGUCCAAUUGGCUCCCAUUGUACCGUAGCACACAGUUCAUAAAACA